AUCAGCGCGGGCCACGGUGAGGUUCAUUCCGUAUUACCUUUCCUGGGAGAAGCAGCCGCCGCAGACCGUGUGUUGCUAACCUAAUAGACGUCCGGCGACCGAGAGCAGCGACGACCAUGAGGCCGCUUUUACUCGGAGUGCUGUGCUGCUCCCUGGUCCUCUCCGCCCGAGCCUUUUACUCAGCCAGUGACGAUGUCGUGGAGCUCACCCCGUCCAACUUCAACAAGGAGGUGAUCCAGAGUGACAGCCUGUGGCUGGUGGAGUUCUACGCGCCCUGGUGUGGUCACUGUCAAAGUUUAACUGCUGAUUGGAAGAAGGUGGCCACGGCCCUCAAGGGUAUCGUGAAGGUCGGCGCAGUAGAUGCAGACCAGCACAAGUCGCUGGGGGGCCAGUAUGGCGUCCGAGGUUUCCCCACCAUCAAGAUCUUUGGAGCCAAUAAGAACAAGCCGGAGGACUACCAAGGGGGACGCAGCAGCCAGGCCAUCGUGGACGGCGCCAUGAACACUUUGCGCACUCUGGUGAAAGACCGGCUGAGCGGCAAGUCUGGCAGCUCUGGCUACAGCAAACAGAGCGGCGGUGGCGGCGGCGGCGGCGGCAGUAAGCAGGACGUGGUCGAGCUCACCGACGACAACUUUGACAAGACGGUGCUGGAGGGGGAUGCGGUGUGGCUGGUGGAGUUCUACGCCCCCUGGUGUGGACACUGUAAAAACCUGGAGCCCGAGUGGGCGGCUGCAGCCUCGGCCGUCAAGGAGCAGACAAAGGGCAAAGUUCGCCUCGGCGCCGUGGAUGCUACGGUGCACCAGGCCGUGUCCAGCCGCUACGGGAUCCGAGGAUUUCCCACCAUCAAGAUUUUCCGCAAAGGCGAGGAGCCCGAGGACUUCCAAGGGGGGCGCUCCCGUGGUGACAUCAUCGAGCGGGCCAUGGAUCUGUUCUCUGACCACGCCGCUGCUCCUGAGCUGCUGGAGAUUCUCAAUAAAGACGUCUUGCAGAAGACGUGUGAAGACAGUCAGUUGUGUGUAAUCGCUGUUCUGCCGCACAUCCUGGACACCGGCGCAGCCGGAAGAAACGGCUACAUGGAGGUGAUGAUGCGGAUGGCUGAGAAGUACAAGAAGAAGAUGUGGGGCUGGCUGUGGACCGAAGCCGGCGCUCAGAUGGAGCUGGAGGCCUCUCUCGGCAUCGGCGGGUUCGGCUAUCCCGCCAUGGCGGCCAUCAACGCACGCAAAAUGAAAUUUGCUCUGCUGAAGGGCUCCUUCAGCGAGACCGGCAUUCACGAGUUCCUCAGGGAGCUCUCUGUAGGCCGCGGCUCGACUGCCACAUUUGGAGGUGGCGUGAUGCCCGCCGUUCACACCGUUGAGCCCUGGGAUGGCAAAGAUGGACAGCUUCCUGUGGAGGAGGACUACGACCUCAGUGACGUAGACCUGGACGAUGACUUCGAUAAAGAUGAGUUAUGAGCCCAAAACCGGGCGGGAACUGACUCUGUUUAAUCUGGUCUGGUCCUGUGCAACCCGCCUCCCUUCUCCUGUGGACAAACGGGAGGCCCGGUCGCCCAGUUACUGAAAUCUUCCAGAAAAGACACACGAGAGACAUCCGCAGUUUCUCACCUCAUCUUUGUCAUUCAAACGGGGGCGGCGGCAUGUGUUGUGUCUCUGAAAUGAACUCUGCCUCCCAUUAGGAGCCACAUAUUUAUAUGGCAGCUGAGCGGGAAAGCGGCCACGAAUGUGACAUUUCAGUUGUUCAUUCCAGUCUUUUUCAAAGGUCCCCCCCCAGUCCCAUUUUCAGCCACUCUCAAAGCACCUGUUUUAAAAUGUGGACGUGUCAAAGUAACACUUCAGCGUACAACCUUCUGUGACUCUUUAUACAUUCUUUCUUUUUUGAACCAGUAAGUGAGACUCUCGCCAGGUUUUCAUGUCCACAAGGGGAUACUGUGGGACUUGUGUAGAUUUUUCUUACACGACUUUAUUUCAAUUGUGUGAAAACAAAAUUUUUGUUACAAAAAUAAAAAGGAAUAAAAACGGA